AAAGUCUUUCUUUUUUACAAAGUUUUCUCCUCCUCUGAACUCUGGUUCUCAUUUCUUGAAUUUCUGCGCGCAACAGGUACUAAAUGCCCCCAUGGAUGGUGCAGGUUGAAUCUAUUGCCCCGAUUUCCUGUCACAUGAUUUUGAAAUAGGAUCCCUAGUUUUUCUGCUAUCUGUCUUGUGUGUGUGCGCGUGUGUCUGCGUGUGUGUGUGUGUGUAUGUGUCUGGGGGCAGCGCUGAUCUGCCUGGAGAAGUUGAGACGCUCUUCUUAACGCGGACGCGCAGCGGGCUUUCCUGACAUUCAUCCGCGCGCCGCAUCAGCUCGACUGACCUGACUGGACUUCAACACACUUCACCUGCGAGAACAGAGGACCAGAAGCUCAGACAGAUCACAGACUACAGUUACAGUAGCUACAGAAGAGCGAUGGAUUCGUGGAGAGUCGCAGCUUUGCUCCUUGCCGUCUGCUUCAGCGCUUCAGCUACUGAGCACUUCCACACGGAGUGUUAUACAGCGAAUGGUGAGGACUACAGAGGUCGACAGAAUCAGACCAGUCUGCAAGGAGGAAGGCCGUGCCUUUUCUGGAAUGAAACAUUCGAACGUCCAUAUAACACCAACAAAUACCCCAAUGGAGAAGGAGGGCUUGGGCAACACAACUUCUGCAGGAACCCAGAUGGAGAUGUCCGUCCCUGGUGUUACAUUGCAGAUCUCGAGGACGGAUCUUACUGGAAAUACUGCGAUAUCCCCACCUGCCAAAUGCCAGGUAACCUGGGCUGUUUUAAGGACAGCGGUGAUCCGACACCUUUAUCUGGAAGCCACCAAACCUCCACCAAACUGACCAUUCAGAACUGCAUCAGCUUCUGCCGCAACCAAAGAUACAAGCUUGCCGGGAUGGAAUCAGGCUAUGCUUGCUUCUGCGGCGAUGACCGUGAAUAUCACCGUCACGGUGAUGCUCCGAACACAGAGUGUAACCAUGUGUGUUUUGGAGAUCACACUCAGCCGUGUGGAGGAGAUGGACGCAUCAUCGUCUUUGACACAAAAGUAGGUGCUUGUGGAGGAAACUUCACAUCACCUUCAGCAGUGAUCUACUCUCCCGACUUCCCAGGCAAAUACAGGUCUGGCAGUGUCUGCUACUGGACCAUUCAGGUUCCAGGUUCUUCUGUUAUUCUGUUCAACUUUACUUUCUUCAGUAUCGUGGACCAAAAAGACAUGGUGGAGCUGUUGGAUGGUAAAACCAACCAGGUUGUGGCACGAUUUGACGGCCGCAAUCCUCCACGGGACAUCGUGAAUAUCACCGCAGACUUUGUCAUUUUGUAUUUUUACUCCGAUAGGACAAAUGAGGCACUGGGGUUUUCUGUUGUUUAUCAUGCUUUAAGAAAUCCAGCAUUCAGACCUGAAGAGGAGGACAAUGGUGAUGAAGAAGACACAAGUACAAUGCGGCCGAACUCAGGAAGCACUACAACAAAAUCAAACACCAGUCAGAGUGGAAAGUCCUCCCAUCUCUACUACGUGAUCACAUCAAGUCCUGCAAACAUGCCAGUGUGGACCAUCUAUGCGUUAGCUGCCCUGCUAACGCUAACAGUCAUAGCCAUGGUCGCUAAACUGCUUCUGCAUCUUACUGUAAAGUCCCCGUCCAUCCCAUCAAUAAGCGGGUCAGAAUCAUGCGCACAGAGCACUACAUCUGAACCCUGGAUCAUCCUCUACAGACCUUCCACCAUCUCUCUGUUCAAGAAGAAGCUCAAAAACCACCACGGAGACCUCAGCCCACUUGUGGGAAACUAACCUCAACGCCUCUGACCUCUACGGCUGCACAAAGGAUGUAUACACUGUACGCAAUGCUGGUCUUCUGCUGCUGGGCUAUAAGAAAGACAUCCAACCGAAAUGACCCGAGCAGGCCUCAGUUGAUCGAUUGUUGGGUAACUAAUGAAUAAACUGUGCAAAAAGAGCUUGAUUCCACUGGCUGAAGCGCUUACUCUCAAUUUGCAUCUCAACCAAUCACCAAUCAUGUGACAGGUGCACAUAUAAACCAAGAGAUUUGAUUAGCAAAGGAGUUCUGGGAUGUUUCCGUAGCCGCAUGUCAGAACGAACAAUGACCGUUGGCGGAAAUAAAAUGGAUAGUGGCUCAGCCGUUUCUGCAGGUGCUUUCACAGAAGUGAUUGACCGAUAAGCGUCUGCAUGAAAGAAAGCAGGAGACUCCCUGUGGAGCACACUCUGAAAGACAAAACCACUUACAUAACCAAAAUAAUGCCACGGUGCCCAAGCAAGCCCAUCUAGAGGAGAGAUACGAUUGUGUUUCAGACGCUCUUUAACCUCUAAUGUAGGUCACCUGUUGUUGAGGAGCACAGAACUCCUUUCUUCAGCUGGCUGAAUCGGUGGAGGAUUGAUGUCACAAUCAUGUCGGGAGCAAUUCAGACUCAAAGUGAACAACAAAAAAAGUCUCUCUUGAGAGAGAAAGAGAGAUUCAGCAAGAUGGACUGCGGAGAUCCAAAGCCUGAAAUUGCUACAAGUUGGGCAAUGUUCAAAACAAGCUAUGUUCGAGACAUCCCUGUGGACCUCGCUUUCGUCUCUCGUUGUUUGUGUUGGGUUUGAUCUUUCUGCAUUGCCUUUAAGUGCCUUCAGGAUUGAAAAAAAGACUAAAAAAAACAAACAAAAAAAACUCUUGUCUGUCUUCUAGGCUGUCACAAUGUCUCAGUGAUGUAAACAAGCAUUAAUCCUUCACACCAUUGAAUUGCAAAUGAGAAAAAGCA